AUGGAACAGCUUUUGGAUAAUCUAAUGGAAUACGCUGCUCGAUCGUACGAUGUGGAUGAGAAUGAUUUCCAGACCAUAGCCCAUGGAGAUUGUUGGACAACAAAUGUGAUGUUUAAAUAUGAUGACAAAGGCAAACCAUCUACUUGUUUGCCCAUCGAUUUUCAAUUUACUACUUGGACUUCUCCGCUGGUUGAUUUGCAUUACUUUUUCAGCUCAUCGCUGCAGGAGGAUGUACUAAGUCGACAAGCGGAGCUGAUCCAACACCAUUACUACGCUUUAAAAGAGAAUCUCCAGAGACUCAACUAUAAAGGCGUGUUACCUAGUUUGCAUGAAUAUCAUCUACAGUUCGAUCGACGUCGUUUUAUGGCUGUGCUGAUUUCAACAGUAUUUCAGCCAUUGAUGAUAUACCAGGGCAAAGAGGCACUAAUGUUCAAGUAG